AUGGAUACGAAAGAAGAUAAUCCGGGCCAAACCAUUGAGCGCCCCGACGAGUCUGAGGUAAUGCCUGGCAAUCCUCCAGAAACGGCACCGAUGACCCACAGCGAUAGGGAGAAGUCGGUGGCGUUUUCAGAAGAGAGUUCAGGAUUUUCCAAAGUCCACAAAAAGUUUACCAGCGGAAAUGCCGCUCCUCGCCGCCGCAGUGUCACAUCGUCUUCCAAUCAUUCAUCUAUGGCCUUGAGAAGACAGCCUAUAGAUGAACUUUUGGUUCCUCGAGGUAGCGUGAGCCACCCUGGCGAUACCACUGUUGCUUCGUCUCAAGCAGCGGAGAGUGAUUUUGAGGACGAAUACCGCAAUGAUAUAUUGUACAAAACUUGUUUACGGCCUGGGUAUACGCUGAACAAGCAGCUGAUGCUUUCCUUUGGGAUCAUCAAUGUUAUCACAAUCAUUUUUGUUUUGGUUGUUUGCAUUGUUGUAGCAUUCACUGCGGGAGACACAUUGAAAGAGAUUAAUGCAAUUGAGUUUGAAAUGUUGGCACAAGAGAGGCAAGGCACUACAGCCAGGUAUCUUGCCGAGUCUCUAGACCAGAGGCUAAUGCUUUUCGACACUAUUAGAAUUAUUGUUGAAGCAACGCAAGACAGGUUUGAAGGUUAUCCUGAAGCAUCGGACGAUUUUGUUCCCUUUCCCGAUGUUCUUUCCAACUCAAGUAGAUACCCUAUAUCUGUGGAUCCCGCACCCUUCGAUUGGCAACUAGAACCAAACAUCGACGAAAACAACUACGACGAGUUCUUGCAUUCAGAGGCCCGUUGGGAUUUCUAUAAAUUCCGACCUGCAAAUGCAGCACGUGCUGGAUUUCUGAUUCAGGGAACUUGCGAUCCUUCUGUUACGGAUAGCUCUGCACAGGGAUACUAUGAAAAUUGUACGGAUGCAAAUAAUAACUUGACUACCGGAGGAAUUAUAGCCCCGUCUCCUACAACAGAAAUGAUCCAUCGAAAGGCAAGCGAUCUUACUCCCCUCAUGAGAACUCUGUUUGAAGCCAGAAGUGAAAUCCGAGAUCUUGGAUUGUACUUCAAGAAUAGUGGUGCAGGUGCUUCUUUCAACUACCCUCAGUACACUACCGGCAAUGGGGUUUACACUUCUCUUGGAUGCGAAUGGAUGAAUCUACCAAAUCCAUUGGAUCCGACCAAACCACUAGGCACCCAAGAAGAAAUCGAUCGAUGCCACCCGAACGAAGAGUCAGUGUCUGUCCGAGAAUACAACCCUUUGGAGAGAGAGUGGUGUAUUUUCAUGGCUCAAAAUCCUGAUAUCAUACCAGCUUUUGUUGGGCCUGAUUCAUGGAACCCGGGCUCUUAUCUGUUGACGGUUGGCCAAGGUAUCUAUGAUCGAACCACGAAAGAGUUCAUCGCCUGCAGUUAUGCUGGAAUUCAAAUUAGUGCGAUUGACAAAGAGUUGACGAAAUAUAAGGUAACUGAAAACUCGGAAGUAUCAAUUGUAGUAUGGGAAGUUCCCGGGAACAUUGCGUCAUCUACGAAGCUUGACUCAAAGAAUAGGACUGGCGAUGCAGUUGUAUCAGUGUUCGAUGUCGAUCUCGGUUUGGCAAAAGACUCUUGGGAUAGAUUGUACACCUUGGUCGACUAUAGCAAGGAAUGGGAUCCCAAGGAGGUGGAAGAAGCUUACGCCAACUUUGCCGUUGAUGAUGACACCUAUCUUGUUGCCACACACCCGAUGCCACCGAUUCCAAGCGAGUAUGAUCCCAACUAUGUACCGAUCUUCCUCAUUGUCACAUCUACAAAAAAGAGCGAUCUACAAGAGGUCGUCAAUGACGUGAACGAUAUCAUUGAUGAGAAUGUGAAUCAGGUCAACCUAUAUGCGAUCAUCAUCAGCUGUAUCGGGCUCGCUGUUUCCUUCAGCAUCAUUGUUGUCAUGGCACAUGUCAUUACCGCUCCGCUAAGGUCGAUGAACUCCACUGCGAACGAUAUUGUAAACCAAUUCGGAGAUGCUUCUGCUGAAAAUCUGAUUUCGAAAUCAGAUGAUUUGUUGAGGGUAAACAGCAUUGCACCGAAGACAGAGUUGAGUGACGUUGUAGCCGAGUUCAACAAAAUGGUUGUUUCAUUCAGCGGAAAAGGCAUGGCAAAGGCUGACAAAGGAAAGCAGGAGGAGGUAGAAAAUAUCUUCAACAUGAGGAAGUCAUUUAUUGGGAUCUACGAAAGUCGGAAAGACAAAUCAUUCAAGUGGGAUAUCACAGCAAAGAAAGAGAGAUCCAUCGAUCCCUUGGAUGAAUUGAGUUAUCGAAAUGAAGGAUCAAACUUGAUAGAUGGAACUGACGACAAGAAUGAUGUACCUCUUGAUAUUCAAGGAGCACAAAAGAAGAAAACUUCUCCACUGUUUCUCUGGAUAUCUGUGUUGAUUGUAGUCCCUCUGCUGCUCGUUACAAUUCUUGUGGCGUCUUUGGUGCUCUCUUCGUACACAGCGAGCGUGCGGGAUUUCCUCAAUAGGGCAGAGGGACACUUUCUGGAAGUUGAGAAGUCUGCUCUUACUGUGCAUGCCAUUCUACGUGCAGAUUACGUUGCUGGCUUGACUUCGAAGUCCAUAUCGGAUCUACACAUGUACACACGAUUUUCAGCCUGGCAAUUGUUUGGUGGAUUGAAUGCAACCGAUUCCUACACUGAGCUUUUUACCGGUACUGAGCAGUGUAAGGAGUAUUCUCCGAAUUUUGACGAAUGUCCUUACGUUGAUACUGUGAAUAUUUGUGAUUGUGAUUGGAAUGAUAAUAGUGUGUUGCGGCAAUGCAAGAAUUAUGAUAGUGCAAUCGAAUCCAGAUCCCUGCAGAAACAAUACUUUACUGGGCAAACCAAUGGAGCCAAUCCAGUAACCGGAGAUCGAAAUGCCUCGCGAUAUCCAUUCGAGUCAUUCUCACCAGAGACAACUAGUUUUUAUACGGACCAGACAACAGUACCAGGUUUUGAAAGCUAUUCGUCGCUCACAGGAAUCGAGACAAGCUAUGGUCGGUUGCGAAGGCUUGCCAAUGGACCAAUAGUUCCAGUUAUCUAUAAUUACAAUUCCAAAGAUCGCGCCAUGAUAGGAGCGUUUGUGGCAACGGAGGCCGAUGGAAUGUAUGUUGGAAUGAACACCUGCAGAUCUGACUACAUUCGAAAUAGCCGCUGGCAGUCUUCUGAAGCAAAUGGAGCUGCUGAACUACGACCAGAACUUUGCCCACUUGGGAAACAUGGCUAUGAUCCAAGGUGUCGUGAGUGGUAUGACACAGGGAAGAAACAGUAUGAAAGCGACGGAACAUCACUUUACGUCACAUCUCCAUACAGCUUUGCUUCUAAUGAUCUUAUCGCGCAGACAGCGACAACGGCGUUGUUCCAUCCACAAUCUGGGGAGCAUGUUGGCCAAGUGCUGCUUGACUUCAGAACGACAUCAAUUUACAACGCCCUGGACGUUGAAACUGAUCUCAAAGAAGGAGGUUUUCCGGUCGUUGUAACCACCGCUGGCAAUGUUGGAGAUACAGUCAUUGCCCCUGGUUUCGAAUACGCCACUGAAUCAGCGGUUCCCGUCGCCUCGAAGGUCCUGGCAUAUGAUUACGGUUGUGACGAUGGAGACUGCACAAAUAAUUUGAAUCGUUUCGCUGAGAUCAUCGCGUCGAUGAAGGCAGGGGACAGCUCUAACGAAGCGGAGAAUCCGAAUGUCAACAUCCAGUUCGAUAGAAGGAAGGAAGACAGAAGUUCCGAGACAUACUUUAUGGCUUAUGCGCCGGUAAAUGUGAAGAGUUUCGAUAUAGUUGACAGUUCCGACUUUUCAAGAGGAGUGAAGACAUCUGACUUCCUCAUUUAUUCUGUCGGUCUUGCGAAUUCGAAAGAAACGAUGCUGGCGCCGUUUCGAGGAAUGGAAAAGAAGGUGAACGAAUCAAUCACACUUGCUGUAAUCAUGCUGUCUGUGAUAGUUGCGUUUGCAACAUUGGCAGUCGUUUACAUAUCUCGCCGGCUUGCCUCAUCAGUGACAAAGCCAAUGCUAUACUUGCUUGAAUUGAUCCGGUCAAUCAAUCGAAAUGGCCUUGGCCAAGAUGUUUCAAGCUCGAAGAGAAUCCAAGCUUCAUACGAGAUCGUUGGAUUCUGUGACACUAUGGAGAUCCUCUACAAGCUUGUUAGAUCAGCAAAUUCUGCUUUUCAUGCUGGUGAGCUUGAAGUAGCAUACAAGGUUCUCGUUGACGCUCUUCGCUUAUUCAAGCGACUUGGUAACAAGAAGGCCAUUGCUGUCGCAAGCAAUAACCUCGCAAAUACGCUACUAGGAAUGUAUAGAGAGUUGAAGGCCAGCCACAAAGAUAAGCUCUGUGGUCUCAGGAAGAAAGAUAUGGUCCGCCUUGGCAUCGGCCAUUUCCACACAUCGAUCCAAAUGGGCGAGCGAGGAUACGAUGAGUUCCAUCUUGCGCAAGGGUGGUCCCCUGCAUGCUUAGACUUCACCCAACACCUUGCGAAUCGCUACUUCAAUCGAGGAUUGUUUCUCCUAAUGACAAAGGACGAUCACGACAAACCAGAAGAGCUGAAAUCUCUGGGGAAUCGUGAUCUUCAGAUCACUAGAGAUAUGGACCAAGAAGUAGUCGCAUAUGGCGAGGAUAUCGGAUGGGGAGCUGCAGAUAGGCUGGGACAAUCGUUCAAUGUCAACCUUGUUCGACUAAGAGGAUACAACCAACUCAUCGAUAUGGGAUACGAAGACGAGUGGAAUAUUGAAGACUUGAUAGAGGAUUCAUUUGCCAUGGUAAAAACGGAGGCACAGAAAGAGUCAUCAAGACUCUUCGAUACUGUGAGUCUCCCAGGGAGAAUGCAGCAAAUCGAAACAGAAUUGAUGAAAUACUUGAUACGGACUGGGAAGACAGAAGAAGCUGCGAAGGUUGCUAUUCGUAUGCUAGUCGAAGACGAGCUCGUAUUUGUUGAUGCACUAUCAACGUCGAUAGAAGUGCUGCUGAAGUAUCUGGAGACUGGCCCUUUCGAAGAGGAAGAAAGGGAAAAGAUGCGGGAAACUCUUGAGGACUACCACGAGUACCUGAAAAUAGAGGCUGUGAAACAGAAACAGUCAGAAAUAUACAAGCUUGAAUCAGCCAUUUCUGUGAAGCGAUCAUCUGAGUUUGUCAAAAGCACUUCAUCAACAAGACAACUUGAUUCCGAGAGACUGUCUGUUUGGACUUUGAAGGAAUGCUCUGGUAAAUUUGUGACGAUGGAAGACUUCUAG